AUGGGGCGCAUCCAGUGGCAUCUGGCACUCUGCUUACUUCUCGCCUGGGUUAUAGUAUUUCUCUGUGUAUUCAGGGGAAUCAAAGCAUCUGGUAAGGUCGUGUACUUUACUGCCACCGCCCCGUAUCUCUUCAUGUUCAUCUUACUCGGGCGAGCUGUCACAUUGGAAGGAUCCGUGGAUGGAUUACGCCAUUUCAUCUCAGCGGAUUGGGAGAAACUCAUGGAUUUUUCAGUUUGGAUUGACGCUGGAUCGCAAAUUUUCUUCAGUUAUGCCAUCAGCCUUGGAUCAUUGGCCGCCCUCGGGAGUUACAAUAAAUUUCAUCACAACUUCUUACGGUACGCCCCUUAG